UGUGGCGCAUGCGCAGCAGAGCCAUUCGAGUGAAAGAGAGGCGCGUAAGCCGUGUAGCACUGCACAUGUGUUUAAUGGCAUGUUUUCUUAGUGGAUAACUUCACAGUUUAGCUUUUAAUUGUACUUAUAAUAUUGUUCCUGAUGGAGGAGGUAGACGUUGAGCCGGCAGUUACUAAUAUCCCUGCUGUCCGACAUGGGAAGCAUAUGGGCUUUGCUUGGGGUCCCGGUGAUAUCCUUGUAUAUGAGACCCAAUAUAAAGAUCCAGGUGCUUCAGGAUCAGGCCGCUUCAUCAGCGAAGUCAGGAAAGAUGAGGACAUCUACUCCCCCAUUUUACGGAAACUCUUUAAUGAGUCACAUCACAUCUUCGUUGGCUUGCAGACAAUCAGAGAAGAUCUCCCCAGCAAGAACAAGAAGCCUCAAUUUGUCAGCAUCAGUAAAAACUAUAGAUCUGUGAUCAGAGCCUGUAUGGAAGAGCUUCAACAAGUUGCAGUAUCGGCAAAAGAUGCAGAGAUGGCCACACAGUAUGGAAAUCAGGCAUGUAUUAUUACUACAGUCUCAAUUCUGUUGGCCAUCGAACUGAUCUGGAAUCUAUGUGAGGUGCUUUUCAUCGACGCUGCUCCUGCGGGCUCUCUGUUGCUUCACCUUGUGGACUGGGUAAGAUUACACAAGGCUGAUGUGGAUGAGAAGGCCAGAGACGUGCUUCAGAGUGACUGCCCUGCCGAGCAUCGAGACUACUGGGACGUGGUGCUGAGUUAUGUGCUGCAGGGCAGGUUGGAAGAAGCCAGACAGAUGCUGGUGAAACAGGCCACCCUUCACCCUGCCGCAAGGAAUAUGUACAAGCUGAUGGAUGGCCUGCUCAGCAAGAUGCCCUUUUACAAUCCCGGUGGGAAUCAGACGCUGACUGAGUUUGAUGUGAAGUGGAGGCACUGGCAUGAGGAGGUCACGCGCUGCCUGCAGGACAACACAUUUGCCAGCAACAAGCAUCUGGAGCUCAUCUGCAAGAUUCUACUGGGUGAUGAAGAUACUUUACUGGAGCACAAGGAACUUUUGAGCACCUGGUAUCACUUCCUUGUCACGAGACUUCUCUACUGCCACCCCACGGUGAAACCCACAGAGCUGCAUUACUACGCUCAGUCAUGCUUGACGAUGUUUCUGGACUCGAGGAGCGUCCCAGAGCCUCUAGACAGUAUCCUGCUGGCUGCCUUUGAGUUCGACAUCCAUCAGGUUAUCAAGGACUGCAGCAUUGCUCUCAACAACUGGUGGUUUGCCGCACAUUUAACAGACCUCUUGGAUCAUUGUAAACUCCUCCAGUCACACAAUCUACACUUUGGCUCCAACUUGAGGGAGUUUCUCCUGUUAGAAUAUGCUUCUGGCCUAUUCACUCAUCACAGUCUGUGGCAGCUGGCUGUGGAUUACUUCGACCAUUGCCCAGAGUUUGGUCGGGUCAACCUUGAGCUGCAGAUCGAGCGUGUCCCUCUGGACACGGAGCGCAAAGCCCUGAAAGUCCUCCGGAUUUGUGAGCAGAGGCAAAUGUCUGAGCAAGUGCGGAGUAUCUGUAAGAUCAUGGCCAUGCGGGCUCUGAGGAACAACAGACUGGGCUCUGCUCUGUCCUGGAGCAUCAGGGCCAAAGAUGCUGCCUUUGCCACCCUCAUCUCAGAGAGGUUCUUACAGGAUUACUGUGCCAGAGGGACCUUCUCUGAUCUGGAUCUGAUUGACAACUUGGGCCCGGCCAUGCUGCUCAGCGACAGGCUGACUUUCCUUGGGAAGUACCGCGAGUUCCACAAACUGUACGGAGAGAAGCGUUUCAGGGAGGCUGGAAAGCUGCUCCUCUCGCUCAUGACAGCCAAGAUUGCUCCCCAAAGCUUCUGGAUGACUCUGCUGACUGAUGCUCUGCCACUGCUGGAGCAGAAGGAGGUGAUCUUUUCAGCAGAACAGACCUACGAGCUGAUGUUUUGUUUGGAGGAGCUCACCUCGCUAAACACAGCGGCUCCAGACACAGACAAACCCAUGCAGGAGGAUGACGACGUAGAACUGACCAAUGUGGAGCUCCUGCGACUCGCUCUGGCCAGGAAUCUGGCCACGGCUAUCGUCAAAGAGGGAACAGUGGACUCAUGAGAGAGUUGACAUUUAUGAUAAAAUCCUUUCUUUUGCAUUUUUGUACUGUAUAUAAAAAAUCAAGUAAUCCAAACAUGUUUUUUGAUAAUAAAAUACUUGAAGAUGUGGAUACCUG